AUGGCGAUGGAUUCACCCCCGUUCCCGGCCAAUUCACAUGUCAAGAGGACCCCCAGCCGUCAGUCACGAUCAUGCAAGGUCUGCCGGGCCCGCAAGGUGAAGGUCAGUACUCGAAGCAAAAGCCAACGAAAAGGCAAAUCAGAGACGAUCCCCGUCAGGAACCCCCCAAUUGAGAAGGGCUCAGAUCGCGACGGGAGGGACCACGUACCCGACGAAGAUGCUCGCCCAAUCAGUCAAGCGGAGGAAAUCCGGAACCUGCGUCUGGAGAUUCGAGAACUUCGAGCGCGUAUAGAUGAAAGGAAAGACCAGUCACAAGCCAAAGACUUGGCCCGCCUCGAUCAACUCGAAAGCUUGUUUGAUUCCAUCCGAUCAGCUCCAUUAAGCGAAGUGGACACGCUAGUGCGGGAUAUCAGAACUACACAAAGCGGCUUGAAGAAAGGAUUGAUCGCAGUGGGUCCAUGGGAGGACUACGAAGCAUACGAGGACCAUGUAUCACCACGUACUGUUAUCCCUCUUCACACUCGAUCCAGGAAUGCAACCCCGGAGAGUAACUUCAAUGACCGUGUCACCAACGCCGACGAGGAGAGUGAAUUUGGGGACGUGGCGUCGGACGAAACUUCAGAAACAUCUGGCUCAUCUGGUGUUGGUUCGGUAAUCAAUUUACAACGAUCAGCCGUGGACGUGUUUGUCGAACGAUUCGUCGAUGCCUUUGCCCCCAUGGUAGAUUCCAAGCAUGGCCGUGCUGGAGCAUUGCGUGCCGCAGCAGGGAUUCGUAUGUUUUCACCUUUGAUGUCGGAUGCCUUUGAAGCAGUCUCGGUGGCCUUCUUUGGUCGGUCGAUCCAGAACAAACAAGUCGAGGCGUCUGGGUUUCGCCUGUAUCCGCGAGUACUUCGCGCACUUCAGGAUGCGCUGGUCGAUCCAGAGCGAUCCAAAGCAGAGUCGACAUUGGUCACCGUGACCCUAUUGCUUGCCUUUGAAAGUGUGGAGCGUACAACCCAUAGCGGGGUACCGGCACAUGUGCGUGGUGCAGUGCGCCUCAUCGAGCAUCGGGGCCCUGAGAACCAUAUGUACGGGGUAGAACAUCUCCUUUUCACUGAACUUCGGCCUUACUGGGUGAGUGAUCCGAAUUCUGAUAACAGCGCAGCUGCAGAAGCUAACACGGGCCAGAUUGGUGGAGCGCUGGCGGCUCGCCAACCAUCGUUUCUCGCUCGUGAGGAGUGGAAAACCAUACCUUGGUCGGCCGGAACGACCAAGAAGGACAUGCUGCAUUAUCUACUCGAUAUUGCAACAGAAAUCCCCGGCUUGCUGGCGCAGUCGGACCAAUUUAAGGAGAGUCAAGCGGCUCGCACAAUGGGUGCGCAGGAGGCCGCCGUGAAGCAGGUGGCUUUGUGGAACGGCAUCACCGAUUGCAUGGGCAAGUUCCAGCAGUGGUACGCGGAAUGGGUGGUGCAGAACUCGCAAGGCCUCAUACAAGAAGUGGAACAAAACGAAAAUCAAAAUUUCCCGAUCUUCAGACGGCGGGACUUGCGGACGGGCGCCAUCUUCGCGUCUACGAGAUUCACCUAUCCCAAUCUGCUGCUGGCGCAGACGAUGUGUCUGUACUAUGCCGUUCGACUGAUACUGUCAAGUAUUGACACCCGCCCUCAAGACCGCGUCACACCCAUGGAACAGUAUGAGCUUGGAUGUGGUAUAUGUCGGACUAUGGCGUAUUACAUUCUCACUGCGCCCGGGAACAUGAUCAAUCGUCUUGCGUUUCCCACCCGAGUUGCGUGGGAGGCCUUUCCGGACGGUGGUCCCGAACGAGCAUUCCUGGCGGAGGUGUUACAACUCGUGGAGCGCCGGCAUGCUUUAGGGCUCUGGGGAAGUGCCAUGGCUGAGCUGUCCGUGCGGCAAAACUCUCCAUUGAAUUCUGAAUCUGAUGUCUGA